AGAGCUUAUAGUGGGAACAUCAAUUCUAAACCCUAAGAUUUUCGCGUCAGUCGUUCUGCUCGUUGAGGUGCGCAGGGGAACGAUGGCAUCGAGGUCAGGGCAACCGGUCGAGGAGGAGGAUGCAUCGGAGUUGAAGCUUGGGGAGGAUUUUGUGAAGGCGAAGUGUUUGAUGAAUGCCGAAGUGGCGCUCGUGCUGCAGCGUAAGUACGAACAGUUGCAGCAGCUGGCGGAUGACCCUUCCUCACAGAUUUCUCAGGUGUUUGAAAGGAGUCUUCAGUAUGUGCGGCGGUUCAGUCGCUACCAGAACCCUGACGCUGUGAAGCAAGUGCGAGAGGUUUUGACGAGGAACCAGUUGCACGAGUUUGAGGUAUGUGUGAUCGGGAACUUAUGUCCGGAGACCGUUGAGGAGGCCAAGGCACUGGUUCCGUCGAUUACCAAGAGGGGGCGUAUGGACGAAGAGAAGAUUGAGACCAUGCUUACCGACCUUGCGACAAUCAAGAAGUUCGAAUAGUGGGUGUAGUACCAGUGCUCUUGCACGGUCUCUAUUUUGGAUAUUUUUGGGGAUGUGGGUGGUUGCGAACAUGCUUAUGCACGAUGGAGGGUGACUUUCGUGGGGUUGAGACCAUGCGAUAGAACUAGUAUUUUGGACACUUUGUGUAGGAGAUAAAACUUACUUUUGUACAGAAAGAUUGCAAACCUAUGCGUUCAGUAUGUUAGCGUAUCGUAACAGCUUAAGAUGACUUAUGUUCCAUUCUAUAGGAUCCGGUAUUUCUUUUCUCUGGUUAAGUCAGCGUCUUAGAGGUUUUCAAUUGUGGAACUUUACUACUUCUCUUAAAAUAUCAGGAAUGAUUGAAUGUAUCUAGUCUAUAAUGAUCUUGCGAACAAGAUUUUAUUCAUCUGCUUUA